AUGAGUUCUUUGGACGAGGAUGAGGAAGACUUCGAAAUGCUCGACACAGAAGACUUCCAGCUCUUAGUGGGGAAGACGUUUGGAAAGCAGACAGGUGCGGACGAAAAUGACGAUGUUGCUAUAGGGGGGUGCACUCCGAGUAAUAAACUGAAGUUUUACCCUUAUUCGAAUAAUAAACUGACAAGAAGUACGGGCACUUUGAACUUGUCCUUAAGUAAUACCGCUCUAUCAGAAUCUAAUUCGAAAGUUCUUGGUAAAAUUGAAGAGGAGGACGACGAGGAAGACGAGGAAACCGUGGAUUCUCGUAUAAACAGGUGGUCUCCCUUUAAUGAAGCCGAUAAUGUUACCACUCCCACUGCAAAGAGAUCCGUGGACAGGACCAACAGCCCGAGCUCUCUCAGGCAAUGGAAUCAGCGAUGGUUUCCAGCAAACCAAACUCAGAAUGAAGAUAUAACCUCUUCCUCUUCCUAUAGCGUUGCUAAGCCAAACCAGUCUGCCUUCACGUCUUCGGGGCUCAUAUCUAAAAUGUCCAGAGAUUCUUCCUUAUACCCUGCAAAAUUAAGAAUACCAGAGACUCCAGUAAAGAAGUCUCCCUCAAUGGAAGGAAGAGAUCAUCAUCAUAUCCACCUUUCGAAUUCGAAAAUCGCUUCUUCUUCUUUGAGCGUUUCCCCAUUGAAUUUUGUCGACGAUAAUAAUCUACGAGAAGACCUUUUAUUUUCAGAUUCUCCAUCCUCCAAAGUCUUGCCUUCUAUUCACGUAUCUGCCAUGGAGUCAUCACCAUUGAGCGAGGCCAAAUAUCAUUCACAUGACCGUCAGAAUAGUAAUAAUAAUAUCCUGUCCCCCACCACCAGUUUGAUCACAAAUAGCUCACCACAGACACUGCAUUCCAAUAAAUUCAAGAAGAUAAAGCGGGCAAGGAACUCUGUUAUUUUGAAAAAUAAAGAAUUAACAAACAGUCUACAACAAUUUAAAGAUGAUUUGUACGGUACAGAUGAAAAUUUCCCACCUCCCAUCAUAAUAUCAGGUCAUAAUUCAACCAGAAAGACUUCUCAUCAUCAUCAACUUCGUGGCCGUUACGAUAAUGAUACUGAUGAUGAAAUUUCUACUCCAACUAGGCGAAAAUCUAUUAUUGGGGCAACAUCUCAAACACAUGGGGAAACUAAACCUCUAUCACUAUCUUCUGCCGCUGUGACGAAUAAGUCGAAUGCAGAGACGCAUUCCAUUUCCUCCACGGACUCCUCGCCUCUGAAUUCUAAAAGGCGUCUAAUCUCUUCUAACAAACUAUCAGCAAAUCCAGAUUCUCAUCUUUUUGAAAAAUUCACAAAUGUGCAUUCUAUUGGUAAAGGACAAUUUUCCACGGUGUAUCAAGUAACGUUUGCUCAAACAAAAAAAAAAUAUGCCAUUAAAGCCAUCAAACCAAAUAAAUAUAAUUCUUUAAAACGCAUCUUGCUGGAAAUCAAGAUAUUGAACGAGGUAACAAAUCAAGUUACCAUGGACCAAGAGGGUAAAGAAUAUAUUGUUGAUUAUAUUAGUUCGUGGAAGUUUCAAAACUCUUAUUAUAUCAUGACGGAAUUGUGUGAAAAUGGCAAUUUGGAUGGCUUUUUACAAGAACAAGUCAUCGCCAAAAAAAAAAGGCUGGAAGAUUGGAGGAUCUGGAAAAUUAUAGUGGAGUUGAGCUUAGCUUUACGGUUCAUCCAUGAAUCCUGUCAUAUUGUGCAUCUAGAUUUGAAGCCUGCUAAUGUCAUGAUCACUUUUGAGGGGAACUUAAAAUUGGGUGAUUUUGGAAUGGCGACUCAUCUACCCUUAGAAGAUAAAGGUUUUGAAAAUGAAGGUGAUAGGGAAUACAUUGCACCAGAGAUCAUUUCGGAUUGUACUUAUGAUUACAGAGCCGAUGUAUUCUCCCUUGGUCUGAUGAUUGUUGAAAUUGCUGCAAAUGUUGUUUUGCCAGAUAACGGUAAUGCAUGGCAUAAGUUAAGAUCAGGCGAUUUAUCGGAUGCUGGGAGAUUAAGUUCCACAGAUAUACAUUCGGAGUCACUAUUUUCGGAUACUACGAAAGUGGAUACCAAUGAUUUAUUUGAUUUUGAAAGGGAAAACGUUAGCGCCAACCCCGCUUCCGUUAUUAAUACUCAUGAUAACGGUAGUAAUAAUAAUAAUAAUAAUAAUACAGCAGGUAGUAUCGUCACUACCAAGAAUCGUCUCGUUAUGCAUAAAAGUUCCAAUAUUCCUGCAUGGGUACCGAAAUUUCUCAUAGAUGGGGAAUCUCUUGAGAGAAUAGUACGAUGGAUGAUAGAACCCAAUUACGAGAGAAGGCCGACAGCGAAUCAAAUUUUACAAACUGAGGAGUGCUUGUACGUGGAGAUGACCCGUAAUGCAGGUGCUAUUAUCCAGGAAGAUGAUUUUGGGCCCAAACCAAAAUUCUUUACAUGA